AUGUCCACUCACGAACAGGAUACCAAAAUGAUUGAGAAGAUGCUCGAACGAGAAGCAAAGAACGAUGCUGCCGCUCUGAAACAUGCCGUAAAGGACCUCGAAGCUGCCGAAAAGGCUGAAGUCAAGGCAGAGAACAUGGUUGACAAGGCCAUUCAUGCACACGAGAAGACCGUCCGCAAGGAGCACGAUGCUGCCAAGGCGUUGAACAAAGCCCAGCAUGCACAUGGUGCUCGAGUUGCUGACGAACAGAGCGCACUAAAGACCAUCGAGAUCAAGAAGCAACACCAAUCUCGGUUAGAGCAGGAUGUCGAAGCAAAGAAGGCGUCUCUUGAGCAAAUGCAGAAAAGAAAAGAAACAAACGACGCACUUCGUGACCAGAAAAUUGCUCAACUCCACACACGCACCGGAACUGGAGGCACUACUGCCUCUGAUCCGGCCGCACAAAACGUGAACAUACCUGUUGCUCAGUCGCCUGCUACGACUGUUGGUCCAUCCGCAGCCUAG